AUGGAUCCAUUCUCGAAACUCCCAUCACUUAUUCAGACCGAGAUUCUUUUUCAUCUCCAGUCUGAUGUAAGUGUCAAGCAGGUAAUUCAAGCCUCGCCCUCCAUGCUAUGGCAUUUCGUCACUUACAAGAAAGGUGUCAUCCGCUACAUCCUGAACGACAUUGUUCCUUUUCGCACUUCCAGCGAAAUCCUUCGACAUGCUCUAAUAAUUAUUCAUAUUUCAGACCAAGCUUCGGCCAAACGAUACAGAGAAAUAAAAUCCUGGCAAACUAUGGAGCUGCCAGCGGACUUUACCGUUAAGCAGCUUCAGAUCCGCUGGCGCUUUUUUACCCGAAUGGUCCCCUUCAUUGAGGACUAUGUCUCAAAAGCAACAAGUGUCUAUCCUCCAAGAGCUUACCUUGGCAUCCCAGAUGUAGUGGACGGCAGCGGAAGCUACUUUAAAGAGCGGAGACUAGAAACCAACGUCGUCAAGUUCACGGCCCUGACAAGUGCUGAGCGGCAUAGGUUCUUAUCUGCCUUUACGAGAUAUGAGCUGCUUUGCAAGGCUUUCCAUCUGGAGGAGAGAGAUUAUGAAGAACAAAUGGCCACAGGAAGACAACUAGCUGCAAUGUGUCGAGACUCUGAUUGUAGGAUUCUACUGUCUGUCCAUGAAUACUAUACAGCUGUCUACGGAGCUUUGUUCGCACAUGGUGCGAAUUCUUGGUUGCCGGAUAUUCCCGAAUCGUACAAGACAGGGCCGUCGCCUCUGCAUUCUGUCCCCUCCGAGUACGGAUUACUAUUCCCUGACAAUAUCUACCUCGAUGCUAGAGAGUAUGCGCAAGACGUGGAUACAGGCGCAUCAUAUUUGGCCCAAUCGUUGCCUUCUCGUGGUCUGGAUUGCUUGAUGCAAAUACUGGUAUGCGUAAGAAAGGAGACAUGGCACGACUCAAUUCUUAGAACGUGGCUACGGUCAUUACGUUAUUCGCUGUCGACCGAAUGGACCCAACAUCUCCCCAACAGCCUCACCGAGACAGAAUUUCGCUCCUACAGUGAAACUCGGGGAGAUCAGCAAGGCCGCGGCGCCAUCCGCUGGGGUAGAGUCACAACAUUCACACCUGGGAAUGCACGCCACGAGAAGUUGAAACUCAUCCAACUUGCCACUUAUCGUCAACGUGCUUGGGGACUAUUCGAUAACGACAGGCUGUAUCCGAAGCAUAUCAACCACUUCCCAAGUUUUGAUGAUCUCGAUCGAAUGCAAAGGGAACUUUCCAUCGAGCGGUUUCGUGCGCCGAGGUUAGAGCGCAAGCAAAGAAGGUCCCAGAAAUGGCAGGAUUAUGAGGACAUGGAUAUCCCACCGCCUACACGAUACAGUCAUAAACAAGCUAUGGCUGAUAGGGAUAGUAUUGUUGGGCAUCUGGGGCCUAGUGUAAGGUUUUUUGAUGCUCCUAAUGAGAAGCUGCCUAACGACUUCAUGGAAGAUGGGCGACUGAUUGCUUAUUACUGA